UGUUUUCGGACAUGUCAGUUUCUAUUUACAGCACGUUUACCAACAUUAUAUGUACUAACGUUACAGCUUCGCUAGCUAGCUACUGCUUGUAAUGCAUACAUACGCCUAACUAACUAGUAAUGAGUCAGCUACUGGCUCUGUAUUAAGAUGUGUAGUUCUCCUUUUAUGUUUCACAUUAUUUAAACCCCAGAAAACAUUAACCUUGACCACUUGUAGACAGUAACCGAGCCUUUGACCAUGACUCUCAGUUCCAUUAAACAUAGCUAAUUGGACGAAGACGUCUUAUGUGGGAGUUUGGUUAAGAGCCGCGACACUCAAUCUGAACAUUAACAGACGUAGUUUACGCCACGCGCUUGUUUACAGAAAAUAGACAAGUCAAGAGGUGACCACUUGUGCUAGUUAGCCAUCUAGCAUGCACCUGGCUGUGUAGUUUUGUUGGAUGGAGGCACUCAUAGCUGUAUGGAUCUGUACAAAACUGCUACAGUACAGUAACAACAUGUCUUCUGGCCCACCUCAGUCGCCCGCAGUGGCUAAGACAGAGGUGACUGUCGAAGGAGAAUGCCCUCUCCUCGCCGCCACCUUUGCCUACUGGGACAACAUCCUAGGCCCGCGAGUGCGCCACAUCUGGGCUCCCAGGUGUGAGCAGCCGCUGUUGCUGAGUGACGGUGAAGUCACCUUCCUGGCCAAUCACACGCUGAACGGGGAGAUUCUGCGCAGCGCCGAGUGUGGAGCGGUGGACGUCAAGUUCUUUGUCCUAGCUGAGAAGGGCGUCAUCAUUGUCUCGCUGAUCUUUGACGGCGAGCUGAAGGGUGACAAGAACACGUGUGCCCUGUCCAUUAUUCUUCCACAGACAGAGCUGGCCUUCUACCUGCCCCUGCACACUGUCUGUGUGGAGAGGCUCAAACACAUAAUCCGCAAGGGACGCAUCUGGAUGCAGAAAGGCUACAACAUAAUUUCUGUGCUGACAUCAGAGAUUGUCCCCAUCAUGGAGCUGCUGUCCUCCAUGAAGACACACAGUGUCCCAGAGGACAUAGAUAUCAAGGACACCAUCCUAAAUGAUGACGACAUUGGAGACAGCUGCCAUGAAGAUUUCCUGCAUAAGGCCAUCAGUUCUCAUCUCCAAACGUGUGGCUGCUCCAUGGUGGUCGGAAGCAACCCAGACAAAGUCAACAAGAUAGUGCGAACACUGAGCCUUUUCCUCACCCCUGCUGAGAGGAAGUGCUCUCGGCUCUGUAAAGCUGACUCCUCUUUCAAGUACGACACAGGACUGUUUGUACAAGGCCUCCUCAAGGACUCCACGGGCAGCUUUGUCUUGCCCUUCCGCCAGGUGCUGUACUCGCCCUACCCGACCACGCACAUCGACGUGGACAUCAACACGGUGAAGCAGAUGCCACCCUGCCAUGAGCACACGUACAACCAGCGCCUCUACAUGCGCUCGGAGCUCAGCACACUCUGGAAGGCAGCCAGCGAGGAUGACAUCGCCCCCGACGCUGUCAUUCACAAUGAUGAGUCCUUCACCCCCAAUCUAAAUAUUUUUCAGGAUGUUAUGCAUAAAGACACUCUGGUGAAGUUAUUUAUAGAUGAGGUGUUCAUGCUGAAGCCAGGCCUCAAUCUGCGAAGUACUUACUUAGCCCAGUUCUUGCUGAUCCUUCACAGGAAGGCUCUCGCGCUACUCAAAUAUAUUGAAGAUGAAACGCAAAAGGGAAAGAAGCCUUUCCGCUCCUUGCGCAGCUUGAAGACAGACCUCGACCUGAUGGUGGAAGGCGACCUGAAUAUUGUCAUGGCUUUUGCUGAGAAGCUGAGGGCUGGACUACACUCCUUUGUAUUUGGGAAGCCAUUCUACACCAGUGUACAGGAGCGAGACGUGCUCAUGAGUUUUUGACUCUUUUACUCUUAUCCUCAUGACUUAUGUUUGUUUCUUAUCUUUAAUUAUUUCUUAUUAUUGUAGCAUUGUCAAUAAGGAACCUGCAAGUAAGCAUUUCAUUGGACGGUGUAUACCAAGGUUAUUAUAGUAAACUAAAAUAAAACCUAAAAUUGUAAAAACAAUAUAGUAAACAAAUAAUAACAUAUGCUGAAACGUAUAAUUUACUGCAAAACGAACUAAAAUGGAAGCCAUCAUAAAUUAUUUGUUUAUUUCCCCUUCUAAACAAAUCUAAUACGAUGUAACCUUUUUUUCUAAUGGGGUUUUUGAGCUUCUGAAUAUGGUGGUUAAGUACUGCCAGUAAAUGCUGACGUUUCAAAUCGGCUUAGUUUGUGCAUUGCUAUCACUAGCUAACAGGGAAGAAAUCUGAGGGCAAGCGCAGAGCCGGACUGGGCUAAGCUAGAACAGCUUGUAAAGUUGGAGCCGUUCACAAUCUACAACGACAAACUUCAGACUGGGAGCCAGUUGCUGUCUGAUGUGGUGCUGUGCCUUCUCACUUGCAAUCUACUACUACUGGGGGAGAGAGUGAGAAAGUCACCUCUAGCAAGGAUGGCUGUUUAUCCUAAGCUGUGGCACUGGAUCUGGUUGUUGCCCCUGCAUCCCAAGAGUUCGUGGAGAGAAUAUUCUUUGUCCGUGGGCAACUGUCAUCAGGCUUGAGAAACCGAACGACCACCUCUCUGGAACGCAGUCUUCUUGAAGAUGAACCAGAAUCUUGUUUGGUGGAGCAGAAACACACACAAGCUGGCUGGCUUUGAACUGAUAGAUUUGUGAAUGUGUUGCUUAUGUUUUUGCUGUUGCAGCCAUUUUUAUUAACCUAUUUGAAGGGCUUAGUCAGUGAUACAUGUUUAAUAUUACAUAAACAUAACAUGUCAAAUGUGCCAUGACUUCAUUUGUUUUUUCCUUUCUGUCAGGUAAAGGUACUUGAUUCUUAUAUCUGCUACUAAAUUUAAAAAAGCAUUGGAUUUGUGUUAACAUGGGCAAGAGUUUCCUUCCACCAUAAUUCUUGCACCAGUCUUGGUGUUUAUCCUUUUAAAUCCAAGUCACAUUAGGAUUGAUUUAUAAUUUAAACCUAACCAAACCUAUCUCCUGGACAUGGAGUUGUAUGGAGUCCUCUAGUGUAGGGUUUCCAAAUCUCAGUCCUGGGCCAUAGACUUGAUCCCUCUUGAUGAACCGGUUGGAGUCAUGAUAGCCGGGUCAUCGGGUGGGAUCAGCCAAUUAAGUUUACUUGUUAAGAAGAAAAUGUACUAUUUCAAUAUGGAGAAGUGACACCCCCCCCCCCCCCAACUAACUAUAGACCCACAACACAAAUGGCUCCUGUUUUUAUCAAACAAACUAAAGAAAAACUAGUAAACCAAGUCUGAUCUAACAAACUGAAUUUCAAAUGAAAAACAAUAGAAAUAACAUUAAAUUCCAAAACUAUAAUAACCUUGACGUAUACCAUGCGUAUCCUGUACAUACAACUAAUAAAACUUACCCAUUUCAAGAUGUGAUAGUUAAGACAUUUACAUGUGAUUUGUCCAAAAGCUGCCUUUUAUUAGGGAGAGAUUUUCUGUCCACUAAACAGUGUUUGAAAUGUGCAAAAACAAUACAGAAUUUCCAAAGGUCCACA